AUGCGGCCCCACCUGGUGCUCUGUGAAGCCUUUCUACAGGAUGCUGGCCUGCAGUGCAGCCAGGGUCCAGCCUGGGGAGGGGCCCUGCCCCACAGUAUGCAGGCUGAGGCCCAGGCCCAGGCUGUGGCCAGGUCCCUGCGUCCUUGCUCACGGUAUAUCCGCACCAUGUACCUGGGGAUUCAGAGCCAGCGGCAGAAGGAACACCAGCGACGCUUCUACUGGGCUAUGAUGUACGAAUAUGCAGACGUCAACAUGCUGCGCCUCCUGGAGACCUUUCUGGAGAGCGCCCCACAACUGGUGCUACAGCUCUGCAUAAUGAUCCAGAAGAACAGCGCAGAGACGCUGCCCUGUGUCUCCUCUGUGACCUCUCUGAUGUCCCUGGCUUGGGUGCUAGCCUCCUAUCACAAGCUUCUGCGGGACUCGAGGGACGAUAAGAAGAGCAUGAGCUACCGAGGGGCCCUCAUCCACCUCUUCUGGCGCCUCUUCACCAUCUCAUCCCGGGUUAUCUCUUUUGCCCUCUUUGCUUCCAUCUUCCAGCUGUACUUCGGGAUCUUCGUGGUGGUGCACUGGUGCGCCAUGGCUUUCUGGAUCAUCCAUGGCGGGACGGACUUCUGCAUGUCCAAGUGGGAGGAGAUCCUCUUCAACAUGGUGGUAGGGAUCGUGUACAUUUUCUGCUGGUUUAACGUCAAGGAAGGGCGGACUCGAUACCGAAUGUUUGCAUACUAUACGAUAGUGUUGACUGAGAAUGCGGCCUUGACAUUCCUUUGGUAUUUUUACAGAAACCCGGAGAGCACUGACUCCUAUGCGGUGCCCGCACUGUGUUGUGUCUUUGUUAGCUUUGUGGCUGGGAUCGUGCUGAUGCUCUUAUACUAUGGUGUGCUGCAUCCCAUGGGGCCGCGGGCUAAGAUCUUUGCCAGCUCCUGUUGUGCCGAGCUGCUCUGGGGCAUCCCUUUGCCCCCCGACGUUGAGCCCAUGGCACCUCAAGCCCCUGGGUACCGGGGGACCCAGGUCACGCCCACCAGAGCCGUGCCGGGACAACAGGAGGACCUCAUGGCCGAUACUUGCUUGCCCGUGUUCCAAGUGAGACCCACGGGGCCCUCGACCCCGACGGGGCGCCCUCACCCCCCCGAGGGGCCCCUCAUUAAGAUUGACAUGCCAAGGAAACGGUACCCAGCCUGGGAUGCCCACUUUGUAGACAGGAGGCUGAGGAGGACGAUUAACAUCCUGCAGUAUGUCACCCCCACGGCGGUGGGCAUUCGCUACCGAGACGGGCCGCUCCUCUAUGAGUUGCUGCAGUACGAAUCUUCACUCUAGAGCCUCUUGACCCGAGUUGAGACGGAGACCUUAAGUUUGGUUGCGGCGAAUGCCGCUCGCAAGAAAUCUAACCCUCCCUCUCCCAACACACAGAACCACCACCACCACCUCCCCACCACUACCACCGCCACACCAACACCAACAGCAACACCAACACUAAGAACAAAUCAAUAAGUCACAUCCCCUUCAGAUAAGCUUUCUUUCCAGUCGCUGUAUGUAUACAAAGAUAUUCUCUAUGUUUUAUAAGUAAAAACAAAAAGAAAAUCUUCCUUUUGUUUUUUACACACAAGAAACAGUAUUAAAAAAAAAUCCCACACUAUGAAUCAUAGGUGGAGAAGGCAUUGUCUCCUCUCCAUCAGAAAAAAACAACACAAUUUUAUACCUUACACCAAGUGUAGAUUAUUUAUGGGAUUGGUGCUGAUUGAAAGAACAAAACAAAACAAAACAAAACAAACAAACACAAACAAACAAAACCUUCAACUGCCUUAUGCCCUUAGGUGCUGAGUUUCAUUAAGUACUGUCAUAUUUUCUCAUGCAAACCUCUCUGGUGACAUUUGUACCAGAAGAGAGAAAAUUAAAUAAUCAAAUGAAACAAAUCCACCAAGGAAACAAAAAUCAAACUAACCAACAG